AUGAUUGACUUGGAUGUGAAUACCGAGUUCAUCUCGCCAGACCGGAUGGCUAUGCUCAAAUUGACAGAUGAAGAACCACAGCUAGAUUUACUCCAUGACAUGUCACCCUUUAAUGAUUCGUCGAUGGACGUCGACGUCGACGGUGCAUGGACCGAGCGCCAAGGUACGGGCGCAGAUGCCGCUAACCCUUUCGAUACGCAAGCUCCAGCGCGCCAUCUCGACGAUUCACUAUCGCGAACCAUCCGCCAACAUCGCAAUCGAACCGCCCCAUUCCGAAAACGCACAUUUGAUCACCGGCGUGGUGACUUGCAUCCACCGUAUAGGCCUGUAAACUGCGACAGCGACGACUCUCGCGCUGACCGUGCCUGGAUUCAAUUGCAUCAGAGGGAAGAUUCUCCGGAAACGUUAGAAGAAAAGGCACGCGCAAUCUUGGUCGCGGACAUGGCGGACGCAGACUUCAAGGAAGAGCGCGAGGAUAGGCGCGAGGACCGACGUGACGACAGGCGCGACCGUGGAAACUAUCGAGGAAACAACAAGCGCCGUCGUGAUGAUGACAACGACAAUCACUACCGCGGUGACGACCGUCGCGGACCCCAGCGCCGCCGUAACGACGAUGGCCCUCGUCGCCGAUAUGAAGAACCGCCGUUCCCCAAACUGCGUAGACUGCUCUUGAACAUUGCAAGCUCCACCAAGCUACCCCAGGACGAGGCUAUCGAGAUCGCAAAGUUCUUUGGAGAGCACUUUGACGACGAGCGUCUUCGCUCCGACUUCUUCGAUGUCUUUGUACAGCUUGUCAUCGAGCAGCCCUUCAAAAUCCCAUUCGUCGCAGCCGUCGCCUACUACGCCAACGAUGUUAACUCACAAAUCACUAUCGAGGCCAUGAAGCGCGUUGGAGACCGGGCACAAGAAGCGCUGAACGCUGGCGAGUGGAAAGAGUUCAAGCUGCUUCUGAGGUUCUUCGCUUGCCUACAGUCGCUCUACGAAGAAGAUGGUGUCUUCACUUUCCUCGGACAACUCUUCGACACAGUCGUUGAUCUCCAGAGUGCCAACGAGAACGAUGUUGUCGGUAUCGAACUGGUCAAGAUCAUUCUUCUUACCAUUCCUUACGCCAUCGUCGCUGGAGGAGAGCGUUUCCACGAGCAAGCACAACAACUGUUGAAAAACACUGGCAUAGUAGCGAGCAACGCGGUUCCCAUUGAAAGCCUCAUUCACUCCUACGUCGGCGAUUUCGAAUCGAAGCCGGUUGACCACCACAGCGUUAUUGGCCUACUUCAAGCACAGCUAUCAGCUGAGGCUGAGUCUGGCUUUGAACUGAGGUGCAUUCCACGUAUCGACAAGGACGCUCUACGUAGGAUGAACACUGAGGAAGACGCUCUCCCCACGGCCCCUCAGACUCAUGCCUUUCCUACUUUCACCAUCCCAUCGCCAGUCAACCCUGGCCCGCGGCCGGUCUUCCCAGAGGCAUACUUCUCCUUGUUCGCCGAUCAGGAAGUUGACACCGUACCCAAGACCACAGACAUCGCGUCAUCGCUCGUUCGAGAUGCCAUCGUUGACACCAUCAACCAGCUUGACUUUAACCGUGAAAUGGUCGCAAAGUUCCUUGUAGACGUCGAUUGCUACUGGUCUGUUGACAUUUUCGCUAAACGCGGCUCACCCUUUGACAAGUUCCGCGAGUUGGUUGGCGACAAGGUUCAGUACAAGUCGGAAGACAUGAUCAUCGACGCUAUCUUUUCGCAACUGUUCAAGCUGCCGAGUGCAGAGCACAAGCUCGUCUACUACCACGCACUUAUCACACAGUGCUGCAAGGUCGCGCCCGCUGCGAUCGCGCCCUCCCUUGGACGUGCUAUCCGUACCAUCUACAAGAACUUGCCUAUGAUGGAUCUGGAGCUAGGCUACCGAUUCCUCGACUGGUUCUCGCACCAUCUCAGCAACUUCGAAUUCAGGUGGAGAUGGACGGAAUGGCUGGAGGACCUUGAGCUCUCAAAUCUGCACCCCAAGAAGGCUUUCAUUCUUGCGACCUUGGACAAGGAGAUACGGUUGUCAUUUGCCAAGCGCAUUCGAUCAACGCUGCCAGAGCCCAUGCACUCUAUGAUUCCCGAGCGACUAGACGCAGACAACAGUCCCGACUUCAAAUACGACAACCAGCAAACCCCCUACGCUACCGAAGGUCAGACUCUUCUCAGUCAACUGAGGAAGAAGGCUACAGCCGAGGAGAUUCAGGUCACCAUUGACACGAUUCACGAGAAGGCUCUCGAACAAGGCAUCACCGAGGUUCUCGUGCCCUCGACCGAUGCUUUCGUCACCGCCAUCUGCCGACUAGGAGCGAAGUCACUUUCCCACGUUCUAUCCUGCAUUGAACGCGGCAAGGACCGCCUACUCGAGCUCUCACAGAACGAGGUCGCGCGUCGCCAGAUUGUUGCCAGCGUCGUCGAGUACUGGAAAGACCAGCCCGGUGUUGCAGUCCGCAUCAUCGAUAUUCUGCUCAACUAUACUAUUCUUGCGCCGAUGACUGUCGUCCAGUGGGUGUUUGGUAGCCACAUGGGAGCUGGCGAGGCUUUGACAGAGAGCUGGGUGUUCGAGAUGGUCAGCAAUACCGUCGCCAAGGUGACUAACCGCAAUCGUCAGAUUGCAUCUGCCCGUCUCCAGAAGGGUCUUCCUCAAGAACAGAUCGAGAUGGUAGAGGCUACACUGGCUAAGGACCGUGACAACGCCCGCGAACUGUUCAAGUACAUUGAAGACUCUAUGCGUGGCGUCGCUGAAGGUUCUGCUGAUACCUUGGUUGAGAAGUCAUCGAAUGGCGCGCUCACGGAAGAGGAGGUCGAACUCAUUAAGGCUUGGGGUAAGCGCUGGCACACAGUCUUCAUCCGCAAGGCACAGGUCGAGGAGUCUGUUGUUGGUGAGGAGGCGGUUGAGGCGCGCAUUCGUCUUCUCGCUGCGGAGCCUGAUGUCGUUGCUGAGAGUAUGGAGCAGGAUGGCGAUGGCGUUGCUGAGGCUACUAAUGGGGAGGCGCAGAUGAGCCUUGCUUAG